AUGGAUCCCGACCAUGAGCAUGAAGACGUUGAUUUGGAUACUGUGCAAAACUUCCCCGAGAGGAAGAAGAAGCAGAGGCGCGGCGGGAAGAAGAAGCAACGCAGGGGUGUCACAGGCUUUGAAGAAUACUAUGCCGACCCUCCCACAACGCCCGAGGAAGCCCUCCGUGAGCAACGAGAGCUCUACGCCAGCUCCAUCCCCUUUGAACAGCGCAUCCAGACGUGCAUCCACCGCUACCGCACCCGUCGCCGUCUCAGCUCCGAGCUCGACGUCUAUUUCAGCGAGUACAUGUUCCUCGGCGGCAUCAACACGACCGGCACCGCCUUCAGCGCCGAGGAGCUCGAGGACGGCUCCCUGAUCCCCCAUGCCACCGAAGCCACGACCAGAGAGCAGGACGAUGAGGCGGCCAGCACGCGCCUCUACGACGGCAACGCCCGCAACUGGACCGUCGACUUUGCCGGCGUCGUCGCCGGCUUCCUGUCCAUCUCCAUCCUGCCGCUGACGUGUCUCGAGCCGGCGCCGACGGAGCGCGCGAUUGGCGUCGUCGAGAACUUUCUGCGGUACGUGCUGCAGCACGACGUCUGCCCCGAGCACGCCGACGACGUCAAGGCCGCGCUGGGCAUGUGCGCCCGCGCGCGGGACGAGUGGCCGCGGCUGUGCCGCUUCCAGAGCCUCUUGCCGGGCCGGUUCAACCUCGCGGCCGCGCAGACGUUCGAGGUGCACGACGAGGCGGACUGGUCGCUGCAGAGCCGCAAGGACGCCGAGACGCUCUCGCCGGAGCUCGUCUUCUACGCAUCCCUCGUCGCGGCGGGCCAGCCCGUGCCCAAGACGGAGACGGGCCGGAGCGACUUGCGUCUGUCUCGCCAGUUUGUCUGCUCUUUAGCCCUGCAGAGCAUCGAGAUGCCGACCGACGACAUCACCAGCUGCUUUCGCCGGCUGGCGCUCGGCUCCGAGGCGCACAAGACGCUGAAUCUGCAGCCGCUCGGCCGCGCCGUCUUUCGGCCGACUGUCAUCGAAGAUGGCUGGGUGCGACAGGUCCCCACCCAGACGCCGCUGUCCGAGGACGAGGACGUUGUGUUUUUCUUCGAGCGGGAGCUUCUCGCGGCGAUGACGGUGGGCAUGAUGGUCACGGCGCAGGUGUGCGAGCUCAGUUCCGGGUUCCGCUUCGUCAAGACGCUGGAGCAGGUGCAGCCGUCGUUUUACACGUUUCUGCCUCAGCACCUCAUCAAGGACUACAAGCCGCCCAGGGCUAACGACCGGCCGCCGCCGUCCGUCCACGACAGAGCAGCAGCGGCGAUGGCAGAGCAGCCCCAGGGGAAGGAAGAGCCUGCUGAAGAGUAA